AUGACCGAAUCAAACCACAUCAAGAACGUCGCCCUAGUUGGCGCGACCGGCCAAGUCGGCAGCCACAUCCUGCAACGCCUCCUCUCCUCCCCCUCCAAAUUCAACAUCACCAUCCUGACCCGCAAGGACUCCUCAGCAAAGAUCCCAACAGCAUCCAACAUCAAAGUCUGCCCCGUCGACUACGAGAACCACGACGAGCUGACAACCGCGCUCACCGGUGUCGAAGUCCUAAUCAUCUCCCUUUCAGUCUUCACACCCAAGGAAACUCAGCCCGCCCUCGUCGACGCCGCUGCCGCCGCCAAGACUGUCCGCUACAUCAUCCCCAACGAAUGGGGCACAGACUGGACCGACCCUGUGGUCAACAAGACAGCCAUGCUCGGCACCGGCAUCAACGAGACCCGCGAUUACAUCAAAUCCAAAGGCAUGUCCUGGAUCUCCGUUGUCUGCGGCUUCUGGUACGAGUACUCCCUCGGCUCGGGACCCAAUUGCUAUGGCUUUGAUUUCCGGUCUAUCCCAGGCAAGGUCUACCUGUACGACGGCGGUAACACGCCCGUCAACACGUCAACGUGGGAGCACACAGGAGAAGGCACGGUCGCUAUGCUAGAACUGCCCAUCAAAUCAGACUCGGGUCUGAGCAUCGAAGGCACAUUCGCAAACUCCUUUCUCCGUCUGUCCUCCUUCCAGCUCUCCCAGCGGGACAUGCUCGCUGCUGUAUGUAGAGCGACAUCGACGUCCGAGUCGGAGUGGGAGCAGAUCACGGUCAGUACGGAGGAGUACCUCAAGACGGGUCGCGAGCAGUUGCAACAAGGCAACAGGGCGGGAUUCGGGAAGAUCCUGUAUGGGAGUGUUAUGGAGGCCUACCCGGACCGAAAUCAGGGGCAUGCGCAGGCAUACCAAGCGCAUAAGGGCUUACAUGAUGAGGCAUUAGGGUUGGCGAAGGAGGAUCUGGAGGCGUGCACGAAAGGAGCGUUACAGAUCGCCAAGGAGAAGAUUGAGACAGGGCAGUACUGGGCAUAG